AUGGAAGGAUCAUUGUCCCAAAAUUUUAAGGUUUAUAUUGGUUAAAUGUUAAAAAUAAUACGGUUGACAAAGAAUAGUUAUUGAUUCUGUAUAUCCAAUUGUUGGUUUUGUAGAUCGCCACUCGCAAGGAUUCAACCUACAAGAACGUUGGUUGGACUUCCCGUGGCUACAAAGGUCGCGACUUUCUCAUCGCGAGGACCUAGUUCCAUCUCUCCCGCAAUUCUCAAGCCUGAUAUUGCAGCACCUGGAGUGAACAUACUCGCAGCUACUUCUCCAAAUGAUACAUUUUAUGACGGAGGAUUUCCUAUGAAAUCAGGAACAUCAAUGUCGACUCCUUUUGUUGCAGGAAUUGUAGCACUCCUUAAGUCUUUGCACCCUCAUUGGUCUCCGGCCGCCAUUAGAUCUGCUAUUGUUACUACAGCUUGGAGAACAGAUCCAUCCGGUGAACCCAUUUUCGCAGACGGAUCAAACCGUAAAUUAGCUGAUCCAUUUGACUAUGGAGGAGGCGUUGUCAAUUCAGAGAAAGCCGCGAAACCCGGUCUUGUUUACGAUAUGGGAGUUAACGAUUAUGUUCUAUAUUUGUGCUCCGUUGGUUACACAGAUUCAUCCAUUACUAGACUUGUCCGCAAGAAGACGGUUUGUGCAAACCCUAAACCUUCAGUUCUUGACCUCAAAUUGCCUUCAAUCACAAUCCCAAACCUUGCAAAAGAAGUUAUUAUCACUAGAACCGUUACCAACGUUGGACCAGUAGGGUCAGUUUAUAAGGCUGUCAUUGAGGCUCCAAUGGGUGUUAACGUUACCGUGACACCAAGCACAUUAGUAUUCAACGCUAAGACGAGGAAGCUCUCGUUCAAAGUCCGUGUGUUCGCCAUAGAGUGA